ACCCACGCGAGUAUUAGCCAACCUGAUCCGUGCUUAAUAUGAGAUGAGUAUUAAGAUAACUACCCGUCUCAUUUCCAUCACUUCCCGGUAAAUCAAGGAGUGUUGUAUGAAGGACUCAAGUGACAUUGUUCUGUGGUUGGUCCGUUUGAGAAUUUUAAGAAUUUAGUUAUAAAAUAUAAUUUUGAAGGAUUUAGUUGGCUCUCUCUAUAAGUUGACGGACUUAAUUGUAAUAAUAUCUAUCUGUAUUGAUUUUAUGGUAAUUCAAGUAUUCAACCACGCAUGUCGCUGAGAAAGAUUGGACCGAGUUUAAUUAACUAACCAAAACCCAAUGAUAGCCAAUGCCCAAUGUAUUACAUUAACAGCCCAAGAAGAAUCAUGUUCGGCCCAUCUCCAGACCAAAGCGGCCCAAAGGUAGUUAGGGUUUCGUUCUAGAGCAGAUAUAAAUUCACAUUUUCUCCUCCGUAGGGUUCUAGCGAGCGAGGAUUGGAGCAGAAUCAGCAGAGUCUCUUUGAGAGCGGCGAGAGCGAGGCAACCGGCGGCGAUUUCGUCAAAAUGGUGAAGUUUCUCAAGCCGAACAAGGCCGUGAUCGUCCUCCAGGGCAGGUACGCCGGCAGGAAGGCGGUGAUCGUGAAGUCGUUCGACGACGGCACCCGCGACCGCGCCUACGGCCACUGUCUGGUCGCAGGGAUCAAGAAGUACCCGGCCAAGGUGGUCAGGAAGGAUUCGGCCAAGAAGACGGCGAAGAAGUCCCGCGUCAAGUGCUUCGUCAAGCUCGUCAACUACAGGCACCUGAUGCCCACUCGCUACACGCUGGACGUCGAUUUGAAGGACACCGUCACCCUCGACGCGUUGCAGACCAGGGACAAGAAGAUCGCUGCUGCCAAGGAGACCAAGGCGAAGUUCGAGGAGAGGUUCAAGUCCGGCAAGAACAGGUGGUUCUUUACCAAGCUCAGGUUCUAGGGUUUUCUAUCAUUUCAGCUGGAUAUGAUAUUUACUCUUUUUUUCCUUACUCUUAUUGGAAAAUUUUGAGCGAACAGAGCGUUUGUGUGUUGGGUUUCUGUCAAGACUGAGUCUUUUUGUUAAGUAGUGAGUUUCAAAUGUUAUGAAUGAAUGAACUUGUUAUAAGCAGAUCUGGGCUAUGUCUUUCAUGAAUUGGUUUGGAUUUGGUAUUGGCAGCAAAUGUCGUUCAUGGGUUUGAUUGAAUCUGCCAGUGGCUCCAGUCUUUCCUUUGCAAGAUAGGACAGCCAUUUGUUGGUGAAUGUGAUAGCUUUAGAUAUGAUUUUGCAUUUGUUUGUUUCAAACUGAAGUCUUAAUUUUACUGAAUUUGCUAUCCAUUAGUCUUGAUCCCCUUGGGUUUUGUUUGAGAAAUCACGAGCCACAGCAAACUGAUUGUACUACUGUAGGCAUUGGAAUGGAAUUCAUGCUAGUCGAUGAGGCUUUAGCUUCUGAGUUCAUAUUCUGCAUUUUUUCAAGAGUCUCUGAUUUCUAGGCAGGCGAUUCAGCGUACAAAGUUUUGGCUUCUCUUAACUAUGUUAGACGAACCUUGUGCAUUACCCUUCGCCCCACGUCCUCCCUGCUGAGUGUUGAAGUACACAAGUUUCCUAGGCCGAACACAGCAGUUUUUCCCUGUCUUUGUAACCUCAUCAUUCUUCCAUUGAUAAGGAAUAUGCUAUUCUUGGUGAAUUGCAACUAGCAAGGUUUAGUAAUGCUGGAUUGCAAUUGGUAAUUUUGCGGCUUGUUCUGGUCGAUUUUGUCUAGAUAUUUGUAAUAGUUUUUUGUUAGUGCAUGACUGACUCUUGCUGUUUCCGUGUUGAUUAUGGUAAAAAAUGGCAUAGAAACACUACAGCAAAGUACAGAGAGAGCCGGAGCCGGUGGCGUAGUGGGUUCAUUUAGAAAAUAAAAAUACAUACAAUAAAAUAGAUUUGUUAGCUUUUUAAUAGUUCAUGAUAUAAUUUUGUAUUUAUAAAAACUUGAUAAUUUUGUUUUAUAAAAACUUGAUAAAUAAAGUAUAUGUCCAAAAUAUUAAGAGUAUCACCCUAUUUGUAUCAAAUACUUACCGGCCGGUAUUUUCUAUGCAAAUCCCAAGAGGAGUCCAUGUCACAUCUCUUAUUCUCAUGCUCCUUUUCGGCGACAAUUUGAGCAAAAUUUACAAUGAUGUUUUAGUUUCACGAUCGUUUUCAACUAAUAUUAGUUGUUUUCUCCUGGCUUGGAGAGUAUUAUGGUGUGAUUCAAAACUCAAGGAUUGUGUCAAGGUCUUACCACAUGCAAUGUUUUGGUCCAUUUGGAACGAGCAAAACAACAUAAUUUUUUGCGAUUUGGAAGCUACACAGUCUGAGGUAUGCAGUUAGAUUGUUCAGAUGAUUGGCAGGUGGCUGCGAGCUUUUGAACUUAUCUAUGAUGAUUAUUUUUAGCAACGAUUGAGGAUUCUGGCAGAGUGAGUAAAGUCGACUCAUCGUUAUAUCAAUUUUUUUCUUUCUUAUUUUUCCUCUUUCAUUUUUAGUGCUCUUUUAUUGAGUUUUGAUAUAAGAGCAUCUACAUUGGUGCAAUUUCAUUUGCAAUUGUAUUUGUGGUUUUUUUUAACACAAUACCAUUUUGUAAUCCAACUCAAAUUACUUUUUUUUUACAAGAAACUCAAUUUACUUAAUUGUACCUACAUUGGUGCAAUUAACUUGCAAUUGCAUA